AUGCCGUCUGAUGAAGGAAAUCUAUCGGGAGCUUCGAAACUUGUGUGGCUUUCGUCUUCGGAUUUGCAGAAUAAUGAAGAUUUUGAAGACUGCUCCUCGUUGUCUUCAUGGGAGGAUUCUUCCGACUUUGAUGAAAGCGAUAUUGAUUCUCCUUAUGUCACGGACUUAACCACUUUACCAUCAAAGGACACAUCAUCUUGCUCGAUCUUUAGUGUGUUAAAACAGGAAGAUGCGAAGAAUAUAGGAUUCAUAUGUCAAUCCUCCCGGGAAACAUUUUCCAAGUCACCAAAGCAUUCAAGCAUGAAACCUCGAAAAGAUGAAAAUCGAAAGAAGCAUCUACCCAUGCGUGAUACUCCAGGGAAUCCAUUGCUUGGUUCAAAAAUUGAAAAAAAUAAAACGAUGGUUACGCAAAAUGAUUUCGCCCAGGUUUUUCGGGGAAGACGGUUUCCGGUCCCGCCGAAUUAUUAUGAUUACAAUGAUCAGGAUGAUUAUUACAAAAAUUCGGACAUCAAACCACGAAAUCUUUUGCCUCUUCUACUUUCCGAAGCAGCAGUUUCCAAAUCCGUCGUUCAUACAUUGAGCAAAGGGGUUGAUUGCAAUAGCGAGAACAUGGAAAAUCCAUUUCUCACGGAUGAAUCUGAAGCCGAGGAAGAUUCAGAAGAUUCCUCGGAUCGAUCAAGAAGAAAACGCAUCACCGAUUAUGUCAAAGGUUCUAAACGAUACCAUCCUCAUUCUAAGACGGCAGCCUUAAGAAAGAAGAUUCGACUCGAUUGA